AUGUUCAAAUGUGAGAAAUUAUUUAACAAAAAGUCAAAUCUUGUUGCUCGUGAAAGAAUUCACACAGGGGAGAAGCCUCAUUCAUGUUCAGAAUGUGGGAAAUGUUUUAACCGUAAAUCAGAUCUUGUUAAACAUCAGAGAAUGCACAGAGGAGAGAAGCCAUUUUCAUGUUCAGAAUGUGGGAAAUGUUUUUCAGAUAAAUCAUAUCUUGUUAGACAUCAGAUACUUCACACAGGGGAGAAGCCAUUUUCAUGUUCAAAAUGUGAAAAAUGUUUUAAUCAUAAAUCACAUCUUGCUAUACAUAACAGAAUUCACACAGGGGAGAAGCUAUUUUCAUGUUCAGAAUGUGGAAAAUGGUUCACAGAUAAAUCACAUCUUGUUAGACAUCAGAGAAUUCACACAGGGGAGAAGCCAUAUUCAUGUUCAGAGUGUAGGAAAUGUUUCACGGAUAAAUCAUAUCUUGUUAAACAUGAGAGAAUUCACACAGGGGAGAAGCCAUUUUCGUGUUUAGAAUUUGACAAAUGCUUUAAACAAAAAACAGAGCUUUUUAAACAUCAGAGAAUUCACACAGGGGAGAAGCCAUUGGUAUGCCAAGAUUAUGAGACAACUCUCGUUGACCAUCUCAAAUAG